GGGAAUUGCAGCCACAGGACAGGGAGGUUGCAGCUGUCGAGGGGCUUCAAAUUUGCCUUCUCUGUACCCCUGUGACCCUCCUGAGGUGAACGAAGUGAGGAAAAUUACAGGAAAGGGGAAGGCUGUAUUGUGUGUCCCACAAAACCAGUCCUUGAUGUCACCUGGAAAUACCUGGCAGGCCUCACAAAGCCACCUUUUCUGUCUGCCCAGCCGCAUAAACUAGGCCCAACAUGGCCUCAGGGUCAUCAUACACAAAUAUUGAAGAGGAAGCGAACUGUUCCAUCUGCCUGGAGCUCCUCACAGACCCGGCAACCUUGGACUGUGGUCACAAUUUCUGCCGGGGUUGCAUCACUGGCUACUGUGACAAAUGGGAAAAAUUGGGGGACUUGGAAUGUCCUGUCUGCAAAGCUGCGAUCCAGAAAGGGAAUUUCCACACAAACUGGCAGCUGGCAAACUUAGUAGAAAAAAUUAAAGAAAACCGAUUUUGUACAAGGAAUCCAGGAACAGAAGAGGCUGAUGACCCACAUGAGGCAGUUGUGGUUGCUAGAAAAAGGAGAGUUUGCCAGAAGCACCAGGAACCACUAAAGCUCUUCUGCAAGGAAGAUGAAGCCCUCAUCUGUGUGGUCUGUGACCGAUCCAAGGAGCACAGAGAUCAUGAAACUCUUCCUCUUGAGGAGGCCUCCCAAAAGUACAAGUGGGAAAUCCGCAGAGGAAGAGCCGUGGAUCCUUCCCUUCUCCUUGAUCGAUUCUGCGAUUGUCUGGAGAAGCUGAAGGAGGAGAGAGAGAAAAUUCUGGCAUGUAAAGCGGAUGUAGUGAAGGAAAGCCAAGACCUGCUCAACCAAACCACAGAACAGAAACAAGAGAUGGUAGCCAAGUUCAGGGAACUGCACACUUUUCUGGAGGAACAAGAGAAACUUCUGCUGGCCCAGAUGGAAGAGGUGGAGAAGGAGGUGGUAAAAAACCGGGAUCAGCAUCUGGUCAAGUUUUCUGAAGCCCUCUCUUCUCUGGCCAGCCUCAUCCAGGAGAUGGAGAAGAAAUGUCAGCAGCCAGCCACUGAACUCUUAUGGGAUGUCAGAAGCACCUUGCUAAGAUAUGAAGAAAAGGAGGCAUUUGAGAAUCCAGCAGCUUUACCGCUUUCAUUGAAGUGGCGCAUUUGGGACUGCUCGGAUUUAAAUCUCUUUUUGGAGGGCAUCAAAAAGCAACUCAGGCACAAGGGUCUGCUGUUCACUUUCGGUCCCUUUGUUUCUACAGACUCUCUGGAUUUUGGACUUCACCCACUUGAGAAAGCAAAUGUGACUCUGGAUCCAGACACGGCCCAUCCCCGACUCAUCCUGUCUGAGGAUCGGAAAAGCGUGAGGGAAGGAGGAAAAACUCAGACUCUUCCAGACAAUCCUGAGAGAUUUGACACUUAUGGUGUUGUACUGGGCCGUGAGGGGUUCACAGGAGGCCGCCAUUUCUGGGAAGUCCUUGUGGGAAGUGAGGGAGGAUGGGGCGUGGGGGUGGCCAGAAAGUCUGUGAGGAGGAAGGGAAGGUUAUACUUCAUUCCUGAGGAAGGGAUCUGGGUGGUGGGGAAGUGGGCAGGGGGGUGUUACUGGGCUGUCAGAAAAGGCUCUUCUAUUUGCCUGACCCUGAGUGAGGAGCCCAAGAGGAUCCGAGUCUGUCUGAACUACGAUGGGGGUCGAGUGGCCUUUUUUGACACUGACCGAGGAGCCCUGAUCUAUGAGUUCUCUGGAGCCUCCUUCUCUGGAGAGACCCUCCUGCCCUACUUUUUGGUGUUUGAAAAAGCCCCCCUCAAACUCUCUUCUUAAGACCUUCUCUUCACGCCAGGAGCAUAAAAAUAUUGUUUCUCUGAAGCCCCCCCCCUUUUAGUCCUGCAAAGGCCUCUCCAGGCUCCCAGCCACCAAAACUGACUGGAGUAAAAUGGGGACAUUCCCCCCCCCCCAUUCCCCAACUUUCCUUUGUAUCUUAUCUGAAAAUAAGAGUAACAUAGUUCACUUCAUAAAGAAUAACAGGCUGGUUGAGGACAAGGAGGGCUCUGAAUAGAAACCCCCUGAUUCCCCUCAGCCUCCUCCUGCCCCCAUUCCUGUCGGGCACAAGAGCAACAACUAAAAAUAUCCUCCAGAGGAAAACGAGGCCCUGCAAGUUUAAAUGAAUAUUCUGGACUUUCUCUUUUCUUUGGUUUCGGGGCACCGCCUGUUAGGAUUCGCCUCUUCUCAGCAUUGCCUUUCUGGAGGGCUCUGAAGAUCCUUUCCCUGCCAAGGUUGCUACAUUAAUCACAGUUGUGUUUCAGACACCAGUAGCUGAAAAGAUGUCCAGCUUAUAAUAAAGUCGUGUUGCCUUGAAAA